AUGGAGAUGAGGCUGAGGGCGCUGGAAGGGCAGCUGGAGGAGACACGGAGGGGACUGGAGGAGGCUGAGAGGCGCCGAGCAGAGGAGAUGUCAAUAGUGAGAGGGGAAAUGUUAACAGUGCGAGGGAGACUAGUGAUAGUAAGAGGAGAGCUGGUGACAGUAAGGGGGGAAUUAGCUGUCAUGCUCAUGCCCUUCCAUUUCUUGCCCUUCCCUUCCUCGCCCUUCCCUUUCUCGCCCUUCCCCUCCCUCGCCCUUCCCCUCCCUCGCCCUUUCCCUCCCUCGCCCUUCCCCUCCCUCGCCCUUUCCCUCUCUCGCCCUUCCCCUCCCUCGCCCUUUCCCUCCCUCGUCCUCUUCCCCCCUCACCCUUCCCCUCCCUCGCCCGCCCCUCUCUCUCCCGCAAACCUGAAGCUGCAAUGGGGCAUGCGAGUGGGUGCAGUUGGGUGGGAGCGUGCUGAUGGCAGGGUGCUCAGCGGCUCAGCCUGA